AUGAAUUUCAAAAUCUACGCUGUCAUCGUGGUUCUUUUCUGUACUACAUUUCAGCUUUCAGAUUGUUAUGAAAAUCCUGAUGAUCUAAACUCCAAUCCUAAUGAAACCAAAUCAUUCCCUACCCAAGUUCCGUCCCGCUCAAAGCGGGCAAUCGUAUGGGCGGAAUGCGGCCAGCUGCCUCGAAUAGUCGGCGGUGAGCCGACCCACAUUUCGGAAGCACCCUACCAGGUCGGAAUUCGAAUAGUGCGUUUCCCGGUCCUGUCGGCUUGGCGCAGUCAGCUUACUUGCGGCGGAUCGUUGAUCGCUCCCCGAUUGGUCCUUUCGGCGGCCCAUUGCUUCAGGUCAUGGUUCAAUAACCCGCGGUACUUCAAAGUGACCUUGGGGAGCACGUUUCGGGCUAUUCGGACUACCGGAUCUCAAGCGCGGGAUGUCGUCAAGCUGAUCAUACAUCCGGAGUUCCGAGUGAGUCCUGACGUGCGAUUUGAUAUUGCCCUGGUGGUGCUGGACAGGAAGGUGAAAGAAUCUCGGUUCAUAAAGUUUGUAGAGCUUCCAUCGCAUCCGGUAAAGCCGAAUACGAGUUGUACAAUUACCGGUUGGGGUCGGAUGAUCCAUUCUAUGGCGGAGAGACCCAAUUGUAUGUUGAAGGCAACCGUACCGAUAUUGGACUUGGACGAAUGCCGCAGGAGAGGCGUAUUGCCAAUCGCAGAUGGGUUUCUCUGUGCAGGUUUCUUUGAGGGGGGCGUUGAUUCGUGCAGUGGAGAUUCCGGAGGUCCCUUGGUAUGCGGUGGGGUACAGUAUGGUAUCGUUAGCUAUGGUCAUCAAUGCGCGCAGGCGGAUAAUCCCGGAGUCUACACGGAUGUCUACCAAAAUUUGAAAUGGAUCAUGAAAGAAUCUGUCAAUGGUGGAAGUGGCGGUCCGCAGGUGGCGAUUUUUGUUGUUGCGAUCGUCAAGUUUUGGUCGAUUCAUAAUUUAAUAUAUUGAAGUAUCACAUUCA